UUUGACAUUUUUCCUAUCUUCACAAAAAUUCCUCUUCAAUCUCGCUCCUUCCCUUCCUUUUUCUCUAUUCUAUCGAAAAUUCAAAACCCAUCCACCUCCCAAACAGACGACACCAUGUCCACCCAAGAAUCCCCUUCCUACAUCCCCGCCUCCGAAAUCGACACCACGUUCGCCCACACCACCAACCUCGCCUCCUCAGCCCUGAACACGCGCAUCCUCGCCUGCAGCAACGAGUACUUCGCCGCGGCUUCCAACCUCCUCACGCCGACCCCACCCAUCAACCGGCCGGGCGUCUUCAUCCACACCGGCGCCUGGUACGACGGAUGGGAGACGCGACGCCACAACCCAGACCCCUACGACUGGGUGGUGAUCAAGCUGGGCACGGCGCGCGCCGCCAUCCAGGGCGUUGAGAUCGACACGGGCUUCUUUGUGGGCAACUACGGCGAGAAGGCCGAGCUGCAGGCCACCUGCACCGAUGCCGAGGACGCCGUCGUCGCCGACCCCAGCUACGAUGGGUGGACGACCAUCCUGCCGCCGCAACCGUGCGGGCCGGCGCAGCGCCGCGCCUGGAAGUUGCCUGACUAUGACCCCGCCAACCCGGUAGCGUACACCCAUGUGCGGUUGCUCAUGUACCCGGAUGGGGGGUUCGGAAGGUUGAGGUUGUAUGGACAUGCGAUUCCGUCUGCGAAGCCGGGGGUUGUUGCGGGAGCGGGCGGUGAGUCACAAGCUGACGAGGAGUUGUCGUCGGCCUUGUGCGGUGGGUUGGCGUUGGCCGCGUCGGAUCAGCAUUAUACUCCGUGUUCGAAUCUGCUGCUGCCCGGUCGCGGGAAGGACAUGGGCGAUGGGUGGGAGACGGCGCGGUCGCGCGCCCCGGGCUAUGUGGACUGGGCGAUUGUGAAGCUGGGGCUGCCUGGGUCCGUGUCUAGAGUGGUCGUCGAUACGAAGGAUUUUCGUGGCAAUUUUCCCCGUGCCGUGCGCGUGCAUGGCUUGGUGCAGGGAGAGGGAGAGGACAAUGCCUCCUCGCAAAUCGUGCCCGCACAUGACCAUCCCGGUUGGGUCGAGAUUGUCAAGGGCGAUCGCCGCUGUCAGGCGGAUACCGAGCAUGUCUUCCAGGGCGAGGAGCUGGCCGCGGGCGCGGAUGAGCGGGUCUUCACCCAUGUCAAGUUGACGCUCGUGCCGGACGGUGGAGUGAAGCGAUUCCGCAUCUUUGGCAAAAGGGCCUGAAGACUCAAAAGGAUAAAUUGUGACGGGCUUGCUGCGGCUGUUUAGUGUAUAUAUAUAAUCUCUGCGUGGUAUCUGCUGCAGAUCACGAGAAAUAUGAAAUAUGACCUUUCCA